GUGGAUAAUAUUGUAUCGACAUAAAAUUUACUUAGAUGAUUAUCAAAUUCGUAAGAAUCGUCAUCGCGCCAUUAAGUAAGCUCUAAAGUCGAACGCGAGAAGAAUCGAUACGCGGUUGUAGGCGCUUUUAGUUAUUUCGCGAUGGCGAAAGCGUGGCGUCGAGUCACUCUUAAUGGGAGAGAGAUUUUGUAAAAACAAUGAUGCUAAAACGGUAGCAUGUGGUACACCAUAGUUCGAAGAGAGAAUUAAAAAAAUCAUUGACAGAACCAAUAUAUAAAUAUUUUAAACAUGGAUGAUGAAGAAGGUUCAUCGAGUUCUGGACCUAUGUCUUCACUAAACAGUUUAUUUUCUUUCACUAGUCCAGCUGUGAAAAAAUUGCUUGGCUGGAAACAAGGAGACGAAGAAGAGAAAUGGGCAGAGAAAGCAGUAGAUUCUUUGGUAAAGAAAUUAAAGAAAAGAAAAGGCGCGAUAGAGGAAUUGGAACGGGCCUUAAGUUGUCCUGGCACACCAAGCAAGUGUGUAACGAUACCAAGAAGCUUGGAUGGUAGAUUGCAAGUAUCUCAUCGCAAGGGACUACCGCAUGUAAUUUAUUGUCGAGUAUGGAGAUGGCCAGAUUUGCAAUCUCAUCAUGAAUUGAAACCACUUGAAUUGUGUCAAUAUCCAUUUUCUGCUAAACAAAAAGAAGUUUGCAUUAAUCCUUACCAUUACAAGAGAGUGGAAAGUCCUGUGCUUCCACCAGUACUCGUCCCAAGGCAUUCAGAAUAUGCCCCUGGACAUUCUCUACUACCAUUUCAACAAUUAGCAGAACCAACCAUGCCACAUAAUGUAUCUUAUUCAUCCAGUGGCUUUAAUGCAAGUUCUACCACUGGUGUAAAUCCAACUUCUCCUAUGUCUUCUGUUGGCUCUGUACCUAGUCCAGGAAGUACUACUUCGCCGAAUCCACAAAGUCCUUACGGUACAAAUGGAUUACCAGAAACACCACCGCCGGCAUAUUCCCCUCCAGAAGAUGGUUCACAACCUGGUCAAUCUCCUCCACCAGAUCCGGUGGCAAUGGACACAGGUGGUCCUGCUGAAGUAGCACCAGUGUGUUAUCAAGAACCACUGUAUUGGGCCUCUAUUGCAUACUAUGAGUUAAACUGUAGAGUAGGAGAAGUUUUUCAUUGUCAAUCUCAUUCUAUUAUAGUAGAUGGUUUUACGAAUCCAAGUAAUAAUUCUGAUCGUUUUUGCUUGGGCCAAUUGUCUAACGUAAAUCGAAAUUCUACUAUUGAAAAUACUAGAAGACAUAUUGGAAAAGGAGUACAUCUCUAUUAUGUCGGUGGAGAAGUUUAUGCAGAAUGCCUUUCAGAUUCAGCUAUAUUCGUUCAAUCUAGAAAUUGUAAUCAUCAUCAUGGUUUCCAUCCUAGUACAGUUUGUAAAAUUCCUCCAGGUUGCUCGCUCAAAAUAUUUAAUAAUCAAGAAUUUGCUCAAUUAUUGUCACAAAGUGUCAAUCAUGGAUUCGAAGCUGUGUAUGAAUUAACAAAAAUGUGUACAAUCAGAAUGUCUUUUGUAAAAGGAUGGGGUGCAGAAUAUCAUCGGCAAGAUGUUACAUCUACACCUUGUUGGAUAGAAGCACAUUUACAUGGGCCUUUGCAAUGGUUGGAUAAGGUGCUAACACAAAUGGGUUCACCACAUAAUGCUAUAAGUUCUGUGUCAUAGAUUGUAUACUGGUUGAUAAUACAAGCAGAAAAAACCAUUAGUGGUAAUAGAUAAGUGAGUUUUAGUGCAGAAACAUACAAAUCAUGUGGAUUAUACAAGAGAUAGUGUUUUCAGGAAAGUGUUUAGAGGUGUAAGUGUCAAAGAUGGUCACUUAUUGUGACAUGUUUAAUUUCAGCAUAAUUAAAAAUGUUGAAGAAAUAUUUUAAAGAUAAUGAACAAUUAUAAAAAUUAGAUAGAUGGAGAGUGAUUGUUGAUAUAUAAAAGUUUCAUAAAUAACGUGGUAUACGUUUAGAGUUAUACCACAUUUUGGCUGUUAUGUAUGGAGAAAAUUAUAGUAGAAAUAGGAUAUCUUAUAUACAUAUGAGGAAUAUUUUUCAAAUCUAUUAACAGUCAUAAUACUUUAUUUUAUAUGGGAAAUUGUUCUGAAGAUAUUCGCUACUAGCGUACUGCAAAUGCUUUCCUAGAUGAUCUUAAGGGACAAUAUAAAAAUGAAGUUCAAGCACAAGUUAUCUAUCAAGUGAUAGAAGAAAGUAAUUUCCUAAAUCAAUAUAAAUACCUAUUCUUUAGAGCUGAAUAUGUUAACCUGAUUUUAAAUCAUUUCAAAUCAUGUAUAGAUAUAAUUAUACAUAUAUAAGUGUAGGGAUAGAGAUUACAAUCAGAAAUUCAUGUUUGGCUCUAAAAUUGGUACGUAUCGUACGAAAGUUAUACAUUAAAUAUAUAAUACUCUAUUGUCCAAUCGUUCGAAUUAUAAUAUGCGUGCUUUAAAAUUACAACUUAUACUUAACAAGGAUUAGAUUACCCAAACUUAUCAUUAUAAUCAUAAUCCUGAAAUAAGAGUAAUUAAUUUUGUCAUUACUGAUUACAAUGCAAUUGAUACUUCGAUAUGAAAUGCUGGAUGCUGAUCUCACGUUGACACUUUAAAGUUAACUGCAUCUAAUAAUCUAUUGAAACUUUAAAUUUAGUAAUCCUUGGAAGGAUUACUUUUUGUGCAAGCUUCCCUAACAUUUUAUGUAUGCUAUGCUAUGUUGGUCGUGUGACCAUAACUCAAUAAUGAAUUAAGUAAUAUUUUUUAAAGUAAGAUUUCCCUUUACAAACCAAUGAGAGAGUGAGAUAAAUAUAUAGAACUGUCAUAUGGAUUCUUCAAACCUUAAAUGUUUUAAUAAUUUUUGGUAAAAAUUUGACAUACGUGAUGCGUAUAUAUAAAUUGUAAGUACAAGAAGUAUUUUCUGAGAUAACCAUAUAGUUCAAUACUAUAUUAAAAUUAUCUCUUAAGAUAAUACAGUAUAAUUUGUGUAAUAUUAAUAAAAUGAAAGAAUUAUUUUUUUAAACAUUCUUUUUCUCUUUCUAAAAAAGGGAAUUCUGACUUUAAAUAAAUAAUUUAUAUAUAUAUAUAUAUAUAUAUAUAUAUAUAUAUAUAUAUAAAUAUAAGCUCCUUUCACUUUUUAUUAUAUAACGAGCCAGGAAUGUCGUAUGAAUAAUAAAAUGAAAGUGCAAUAGAAAUAGUAAAUUUUUAAGUUUGGCCAUGUUUAAGAAAUAUUUUGUAUCAUGUAAAAGUUAUACUACAGAUGUGUUGAAAUAGGUGAUUCUUUUUUAGAAAUUUUUAUGACAAAUAAUUUUCUUUUAUAUCGUUUUAAUCAAAAUGUACAUAAUUAAUGUUAAGUUUCAUUUAAGAAUAACACACACUUAAUGAUGUUUGUAUUUCGACAUAGAUUUAGACGCAUUUCUGGCUUAUGAACUGCUAUUACUUUUUAUGUAUAUUCUGUGUACUUUUUGAGUAUAAGUUUAGGAAAAGUCGAACACGUUACAUGAUUUAAAAUAAGAAUAUCGUACGACCGUGAAACAGAAAUCACUGCCGCUUGUUAAAUAACACUCGUUUGCCGAUGUGUCUAGCUGUGAUUCUUUGCUACCAAAAUUAGCAAACUACGAUCGGGAGAUCAACAAUUAAGAAAAUUUGCCAACAUAACGAAAUAAAAAACGUAAAGAGAGACUGAAAUAUACAAGAUUUUCAUAACGACAGUUAUACAAGAGAUUGUGACAAUAAUCGGUAAUUACAAGAACAACAUUUCGCCAACAAUACUAGAUACAAUCUUGUUUGCCUUACAUUUUCAUGUAAUUGCCUGUUAAGCCUCGACGUUAACAGAACAUUUUUAAGAAUGAAUUAUAUUCACCAUCAAUAUCGAUAAAAUAUUAUAAGAUUGAACAUGCGUUUAUGUGUAUUGAGCUUAUAGCAAUCGAAAUAAGCACGAUGCUUCGUCGCAACAUGUAUGUACAAUUACCGCACCGUACUGUAUACUAAGAGCUUUAAAUUACGUUCUUGCAACUCUCUCAUUUACUUUAUUAAUUGAAAUAUAUACAUUGAAUCCUUUUUGUAAGACCCGAUUACAAAUCAUCUGCAUUAUUCUUAUGAAAGUAUACUAAUAAGCCUUACAAUUUGAAAGUAUGUAAAUCAAAGAUGCGUGGAAGAAAUUGUCUAUUUAUUCUGUUAGAAUUAGCAUAGCUUAUAUGCUGCCCAUAUUUGUGCCUUGAGAAUGCUUCUUAUAUUAUCGUAUAUAAACUUAUACAUUAUAUAACAGAAAAUUAUAGCAUAGUUUUUCAUGAAAACAAAAACUAUGCUUUGUUGGAAGCAUUUUUUUGCUCUUAACGAACAUGGCUAAUUUAAAAUGAAAAUUUCAACUUGACAAUAUCGAUGGCCUCAAAAAAGAUAUAGAUGUAUUUAUAUAUAACUGUAUAUAUAGAAGUGUAUUAAUGCAGAAAGUGAUUUGGGAACGGGUUUGUAAUUCAAUAAUGGCAGUCAUUGUAAAUAAAUAUAAUUAUUGGUGUGACGACACGCCUUCGGAAUCCAUUCCACGUUUAA